GUUGUUUACAGAACCAAGAGCGCACAAUCAAAAGAGAUCGAUGAAAAUUGCGCGCGCUACCAGCUAAUACGUCCUCUCUGAAUCGAGCGCUAAAUAAGAAAUUUCCAUGCUGGCCUAGACAGAAUCAGUCUUUACUUUAAUUUACACACCUUAACGUCAUGCCUGCAAAGAACGGUGUCGAUGGGACACUCUACUGCUAUCCCAACAGCUCCAGAGCUCAACUGAUCCAGAUCAGUGCUCAAUACGGCGGCUCUGACGUAAAACUAGCGUCUGACUUCGAGUUUGGUGUUACCAACAAAUCUCCAGCCUUCACAGCUAAAUUCCCAUUCGGACAGGUUCCAGCAUUCGAGUCAUCUGCAGGAUGUCUGAACGAUACCAUGGCCAUCGCCUCUUUCGUUGGAGGUUGUGACCUGAGGGGAGGCGACGAGAUUACCCGGGCCACAAUAACUCAGUUCAUGAACAUGGCAGAGACUAAGCUAUUCCCAGCUGCCUGUCAAGUCCUGUACCCUUGCUGGGGCCUCAUGCCCAACAACAAAAACGUUGUUAACAAAGGCCACGAGAACAUCAAAAAUUUCAUGACCGUCCUGGACCAGCAUCUCCUCAACAGAACUUACCUUGUCGGUGAAUCAGUUACACUCGCUGAUCUUUCUCUUGCGGUGUACAUGAGGGACCUCUACACAAUGAUUUUGGACGAAAACAGACGGAACAGCUACGUGAAUGUCACCCGAUGGUUUACAACUAUCAUGAACCAAGACGAGGUUACCCGAGUCCUGGGACAGACAACACUCUGCGUCAAGCCCGCACAAUUCGAUGCUAAGCUGUUCCAGCAGAACAAUCCCAAGCAGCAGAAGAACGCCGCCCCUAAGAAGGAAGCAGCAAAGAAAGAAGCUCCCAAGAAAGAGGAAGCUGCACCAGCCCCAAAGAAAGAGAGAUCAGCACCAUUCUCCUCUCUACCAGCACCUAAGCUCAACAUGGAUGACUUCAAAAGACAUUACUGGAACGAUCCUAGCGAGGUUAUCCAUAAGUACUUUGACGACACUUUCGUCGAUGGAGAAUGGUCAGUGUGGAAGGUCGAGUAUAAGUACCAGAGUGAGCUUGUCAAGACGACAAAAACCAACAACCUCGUCAAAGGAAUGUUCCAGAGACUGGAAACUAUGAAGAAGUAUGCGUUCGGUCUCAUGUACAUUUUUGGAGACGAAGGAGAUCAGCGUCUUGCUGGAAUCUGGCUUGGACGAGGGGGAGACAACUUUUUCUAUGAAGAUACAAACUGGACAAUUGAUAUCGAAAACUUCAAUUGUACUAAAAUGGACAUGAACAAACCGGACGAAAAGGCACUUUGGACCAAAUUCAUCGACGGAGGCAUGGACGACUGGGAGGGCAAACAAUUCGAGAAGGACCACAUUUUCUAGACAAAUUAAUUAGUUCCUAGAGACAGCGCCCCCCUGCUGCUGAUUUUGAAGUCUUUUAUUUGGGAGAUAAUCGGUGUGUUUUAACGUUAUUUAUUUUUAAUAACCCUGUGGUAAAA